GCUCCUCUACGGUACAAUUGUGUUUCAGCAAGUAACCUCUCUACAGCGUGGCACUGUCUUUGGAGAUGUAAACGAAUGUGUUGUUUUUAGCGGAUGAAAAAGUGAUUUCUUUGAUAAAAUAAACACAGCGAGAAUUCGUAUGCUACCCACUUAAGGAUUUACGCAGUCAUAUUGGUGAUAAAUCGUGAGAUUUUGGUUUAUUUCUCGACGGGCCCGGACACAGCUUGAUACCGACAGAGAGACUCAACUCAGGUCCUUUCGUCCUGACAUGGACACAGGAAUUGUACCCGAGAAGAAGAGAGUGAGCUCAGAGCGGAGGAAGGAGAAGUCAAGGGAUGCAGCGCGAUGCCGGCGUGGGAAGGAGUCAGAGGUGUUCUACGAACUGGCCCAGCAGCUUCCGCUGCCCCACAGCGUCGGCUCCAGCUUGGAUAAGGCCUCCAUCAUGAGGCUCACCAUCAGCUACCUGCGCAUGAGGAAACUACUCCGCACUGAUGAGCUAGUGGCAGAGGGGGAAACAGAGCUGGAUAUUCAGCUGAACAGCUCCUACCUGAAGGCUUUGGAUGGCUUUCUCAUGGUGCUGUCUGAAGACGGAGAUAUGAUCUAUCUUUCCGAGAAUGUCAACAAGUGCCUCGGACUGGCACAGUUUGAUCUGACUGGACACAGUGUGUUUGACUUCACACAUCCCUGUGACCAGGAGGAGCUGAGGGAAAUGCUGGUCUACAGAACCGGCUCCAAAAAGACCAAGGAACCAAAUACAGAGCGCAGCUUCUUCCUCCGAAUGAAAUGCACUCUGACAAGCAGGGGCCGCACUGUCAAUGUCAAGUCAGCUACAUGGAAGGUGCUGCACUGCUCCGGUCAUGUGCGUGUUUAUGACCCCCACACUGAGCAGCUUACUGAGGAGCACAUGGAGCCACCAGUCCCCUACCUGGUGUUGAUCUGUGACCCCAUCCCACACCCCUCCAACAUUGAGGUCCCUCUGGACACCAAGACUUUUCUAAGCCGCCAUACAAUGGACAUGAAGUUCACAUAUUGUGAUGAGAGGAUCACUGAGCUCAUGGGUUAUGAUCCAGAGGACCUGUUGAAUCGCUCUGUGUAUGAGUACUAUCAUGCUCUGGACUCUGAUCAUCUUACCAAGACUCACCAUAACUUGUUUGCAAAAGGCCAGGUCAGCACUGGCCAGUAUCGGAUGUUGGCCAAGAGGAGGAACUCCCAGCCACAGUGUGUUGUUUGUGUCAACUUUGUGCUCAGUGGCAUCCAGGAGGACAAGGUGAUCUUGUCUCUGGAGCAGACCAAGGAUGUGAAGCCAGUGAAAGAGGAGCAGCCAGAGGAGGAAAAGGUUGUAGUCGAGAGCAGCCAGUCUGACAUGUCUCCACCCCUGCUGGAGGAGGAAGAAGACAAAAGCCCAGAGAUGGAUGUGAUCAAACUCUUCACCCAAGUGGUAGAGCCCCUGCCAGCGACUAGCCUGUACGACCAGCUGAAGGGAGAGCCUGAGGCCCUCACCCUGCUGGCCCCAGCCGCUGGAGAUGCAAUCAUCUCCCUGGACUUCAGCUCCACUGAUUCAGAGAUCCAGCUGCUGAAGGAGGUCCCUCUCUACAAUGAUGUAAUGCUUCCAUCCACCAGUGAGAAGCUGGCUCUGUCUCUUUCCCCUCUGCCACCCACUGAGCCUCUCCAUGUCAUCACCGCCUCCGAGGAUGCAAAAACUGAGGGCUAUGCUUCAGCCCCGUCCACUUCCUCCAUUAGCCAUAGUUCUACAGAGGCUGACAGCCCACUCGACUUUUGUUUCCCCAUGGACUCUGAUAUGAGCUCAGAUUUCAAAUUAGACUUGGUGGAGAAACUGUUUGCCAUUGAUACUGAACCCAAGACCCCUUUCACCACACAGGCAAUGGAAGACUUGGAUCUGGAGAUGUUAGCUCCCUACAUCCCCAUGGAUGAUGACUUCCAGCUGCGCAGUCUGACCCCAGAGGAGCCUCUGUCUUGUGGACCAGUCAAAUCUCUCGAGACUUGUCCAGUCCUUGUCACACAGGAUGUCGACAGCUAUCCCAGCUCCCCAUUCAGUUCACCGGGCAGUCGCACAGCUUCCCCAGCACCACCUGAGCCAGUCAGCCCUCCUCAUCUUGGCACCCUCAUUGCCAAGAGGACCCCACAGUUGGACAAAGAAGUCUCGUUGAGGACCCUGGCAGCUCAGAAUGCACAGCGCAAAAGAAAACUGGGAGACAUAAAAAUUGUUGAACAGGGAAAUGUGCCCCAGGAACCACUGGUGCAGGGCAAAAAGCUCAAGACUUCGCAGUCAGGAACAACCAGGACCAUAAUUCUGCUGCCUUCAGAUUUGGCGUGUCGUCUGCUGGGUACGUCGGAGGGCACCAGUUCCCCCUUCACCCUGCCGCAGCUAACCCGCUACGACUGCGAAGUCAAUGCCCCCUUGCAGGACCGUCAGUACCUGCUGCAAGGGGAGGAGCUGCUUCGGGCUCUGGACCACACCAACGUAGCUUAGCCUGCUCACUGCUGAACUAGACUGGACACUACAGUUUCUCUCCUCAUAUUGUUGCUCCCUUUACAAAACUCCACCCACCCUACCUAACCUCCCCCUACCGCCCCUUAUUUAUGUAUCUGUAUGAGUGUGAUUAUAGUUUGGCUGCUGUUUGUGCACAUCAUGUGAUAUCUGCAGCAUUCCACCGUGACAAACACCAUAGCAGCAUCUGGGUUUUGGUGCAGGGGAUUUAGGCAUCAUGAGAUGUCCAGUUGUUUUCCAUUUUGUUCUUUCCCCACUCUUCUGGGGAGUCUCUCAGCACACAGCGCCUUGACAAAUGACCCUUUUCCAGCAGGUCACCACAAAACCUGGCGCUACUGCCAGCAGUGUAUUAUAAGCUUCAGUCGCACAAUUUAUAUUUUCUUAAAAAGAAAAAUAUUACCAGCAAUAUAUAUUAAGCCUUUUUAAAGUAGUUUUAAUGGGAUUUGAACUAUUUUAUUUUUCCUCCUAUA